AUGACUAGCAAAGAAUUGGACAUAGGUGUUGUUGAUCCAUCAAGAGAGAUUGUAGAGUCAGAAUCUGAGUUGAAUGAAGAUGUUCAAAGGUUGAAACAACACAUGUCAGAUAUGUAUCAAGCUUGGAUUAGUGGGCAUCCUCCUCCCUCAUUUUCCACUAACUACACUGAAAACCCUACCACCAUCCCACCACUAUCACAAGGCCAGAUUCCCACCACUGUUGAUUUUUCCCCACAACAUGCUCUAGGCUUUACCCCUUAUCACAACUACCCUGGCACCUCUUCCCAACCUUUUCAUGCUUCACCAGCCAAAACAACCUCAUAUCCCGCUCCAUCAUCCAUUCCUAUCCCUAUAGUUAUACCCCACUCUGAGCCUCCUGUUGAAAUCGAGAAACCCACUAAGAAUGUGGAGCAAGAUGAGAUAUUCAGAAAGGUGAAGAGUUUAGAUCAAUCUUUAAGGAACAUGCAAGGGAUAGGAAACCAAGUAAGUGUGUCUUACAAGGACUUGUGCUUGUUCCCUGACGUCCAACUACCCGCCGGGUUCAUGAUGCCAAAGUUUGAUCUUUAUGACGGACAUGGAGAUCCCGUGGCACAUUUGAGAGGUUAUUACAGUAAGAUGAGAGGCAUUGGUGGGACGAACGAGCUUUUGAUGACCUAUUUCAGUCAGAGUUUUUAG